AUGGGGUCUGGUGCUUCAUCAAAAUCGAAGAACAUUCCCGAUUUAAAAGUAAAUUUAAAAGUGAAAGUUCCAUCAUUUAAAAUUGUCCUUGUCGGUAGUUGCGAAGUUGGCAAAUCCAGCAUUUAUUUAAGAUAUACAAAAAAUCAAUUUGACUACAGCUAUCAACCCACACUAUCUGUUAAUAUCAUUAAUGUUACCAAGAAGUUAAACAUACCCGCAGACACAUUAGUAUCGCUAACUUUAUGGGAUAUGCCCGGUGAAGAAGAUAUGCAAUUAAGGAGAAGUUAUUAUAAAGAUCUUGAUGCUGCAGUUGUGGUAGUCGAUUUAAGCGACAAAGACGAUGUUGAGAGGGCCGAAUUUUGGAAGCAAGAUAUUAUUAAUAACACGUUUGUCUCAACUGAGACAAAUAAUUUGGGUGAUGAUAUGCAAUCAAAGAAAAGAGCUGAAAACAUAUCUGAUAAAAAAAUUCCAGUUAUACUUAUGGGAAAUAAGUUUGAUAAGGUUGAAGCGAAGCUGCAUGAGGGACAACUAGGCGGCGUUCCAGAAAUUGUGCAUACUCUCGAAAAGAUUGCACAAGAUAAUGAUUUUAUCGGGAGCGUGACAGUUUCGGCGAAAAGUGGCGAUGGCAGUGUUCAUACGGCAAUGCAGUCAUUGGUUCGUUAUUUAAUAGAGCAAAAUCUUCAAGAUGUUACUGAAAAGAAGCGUUCUUUAAUGAAAGCAUUAGCGAAUAAAGGCAAAAAAUUACAGGAAAAUGUUAAAGAUAAAAAAGAAAUUCCUCCUGAACAACAAUUUCAGAAACUGGCAGUAGUUGGCAUGCCUGAGUUUGAUGACGAAUUUGAGCAAUGUAACAUGUCUAUGAAAUUGCUGGUGGGAAUUAGUGCGGCCUUUAGCAAUUCAUUAUACAAUUUUAGAGCUGCUUGUAUGACAGCUAAAGCAAUUUCAGAUAUUAAAGCGCCAAUAGAAGAAUGCCUUCAGGGUUUAGAUACCACCAUUGGCGAAGAUAAUGAUAUCGAAGCAAAUCAAGAUGGCGGAUUAAUUCAACUGAUAUUGUCUGAAAGCAAUAAAGGUGCAACCGCCGAGCAAAGAAAAGUGAUCAAAAUUUUCAAUUCAGAAGUCAGCGUGGCUAUUAACAAAAUCACAAAUUUGUGCCCUGGCAUAAAUUCGAGAUUAGACAAACGACAAGAUGAGAUUAAAGAAUUACUUGAGAAAAUAAAUGAUUUAAACACCGCCAAAAUCAUGUCACGUAAGGAUAUUUUAAGAGCUAGAGAGGUUGCAGAGAACAACUGUGAUAGAAUAGAUACUGCUAAAAAACAUGCAGAAAAGGCUUUGAAGACUGCGACAACAAUCGAAAAUAAAAUUCUCGGUUCAUUAGAUUGGUAG